UAUUGCUGUGACGACGGAACUCUCGCGAGAUGAGAUUUGUAUCGUCGGGCUUUGCUGUCCGGCUGAUGCCAAAGGAGGUGGAUGUUGACGGUGUUGAGGGACGCUGAGACAGAGUUCCGGUUCUGCGGUCUGUGUUAAGGGAAUUGAGACUGUUGAGCUGUACCCGUGUGACCCAUCCCUUGCUCUGCCUCCAUGGAAUAUUUAUAAUAAGUUUCUGUUUCGCCGAGCCCGUCGCCAUGUCUUUAUUGUGAACAACAGAACGUUAUUCUUUAUCCCCCUCUCUGCGUGUCCAUUGAAUGCCACAUGACUUGCCACCUUCCCCAGCUCUAAUCAAAGGCCUAGGUGUCCCUGUAUUGAGUCGGAGGCUUUCGCUGGUUAUUGUCAAUCUGUCAUGGGACUGCCCAUAAAGGCUCUACUUGGCUGGACUUCCUCCCUGCAGCUGCUUCUGCUUCUCCUCCUCACCGGGAAUGAUGCCCUUGAGAGUUCAGACAAUGUUCAUGUAUCGGGAUUGCCAGUAGCAUGUGGGGGAAUUCCUGAACAGAUCAGAGACAAAAGUGGCAUCAUCACAAGCCCAGGAUGGCCGACAGAAUACCCAACAAGGGUCAACUGUAGUUGGUACAUCCGAGCCAGCCCGGGGGAAAUCAUUUCUAUCAGUUUUCAAGAAUUCGAUAUCCAGGGAUCUGCCACAUGUGGUUUUGACUGGGUGACUAUAGGACCUUCCCAAAACUAUGAUGGCGCCAAGGCAUGUGGCUCUACAAUUCCAGCACCGUACAUCUCCUUGCAAGACCAUGUGUGGAUCAAGUUCCAUUCAGAUGAGCACAUUUCCAGAAAGGGCUUUCGCUUGUCCUAUUUGGCUGGAAAGAAGAAAUGCAAGAGUGAGCAGUUCCGUUGCAACAACGGAAAAUGCAUUCCAGAGAUCUUAAGGUGCAAUCGCAUGGAUGAUUGCGGAGACGGAUCUGAUGAAAAGCUUUGUGCCAAAGCCAAUCGGCCCACGCCGUCUUCCUUUCAGCCUUGCACAGUUAGCCAGUUUCAGUGUCUUUCACGCUUCACUAAGGCCUAUACAUGUCUACCAAACUCCUUAAAGUGUGAUGGGAAUAUUGACUGCCUGGAUUUGGGCGAUGAGUUAGAUUGCGACGUCCCUACCUGUGGACAGUCGUUGAAAUAUUUCUAUGGCGCGUUCAGCUCCCCAAACUAUCCAGACUUCUAUCCACCUGGCAGUAACUGUACAUGGCUCAUAGAUACCGGUGAUCGGCGCAAGGUUAUUUUGCGCUUUACUGACUUCAAGCUGGAUGGUACCGGUUACGGGGAUUAUGUCAAAAUAUAUGAUGGAUUGGAAGAAAAUCCACGUAAUCUUCUGCGAGUCCUGACUGCUUUUGAUUCUCACGUGCCGCUCACCGUAGUUUCUUCCUCUGGGCAAAUUCGAGUCCAUUUUUGUGCAGAUAAGGUCAAUGCAGCCAGAGGGUUUAAUGCGACGUAUCAGGUGGACGGCUUCUGCUUGCCUUGGGAGAUCCCAUGUGGUGGCAACUGGGGCUGUUACACUGAACAGCAGCGAUGUGACGGCUACUGGCACUGUCCAAAUGGCAGGGAUGAGUUGAACUGUACCAUGUGCCAAAAAGACGAAUUUCCAUGCUCUAGAAAUGGAGUCUGUUACCCACGUUCAGACCGUUGCAACUACCAGAAUCAUUGCCCUAAUGGCUCUGAUGAGAAAAACUGCUACUUCUGCCAGCCGGGAAACUUCCAUUGUAAAAAUAACCGCUGUGUCUUUGAAAGCUGGGUGUGCGAUUCUCAGGAUGACUGCGGGGAUGGCAGCGACGAGGAGAACUGCCCCGUGAUUGUCCCUACAAGAGUCAUUACUGCUGCUGUCAUUGGGAGUCUGAUCUGUGGCUUGCUCCUCGUUAUUGCAUUAGGAUGCACGUGCAAGCUGUACUCUCUGCGCAUGUUUGAACGCAGAUCUUUUGAAACACAACUUUCAAGAGUUGAAGCUGAUUUACUGAGACGGGAGGCUCCCCCUUCUUAUGGGCAGUUGAUUGCACAAGGCUUAAUUCCGCCAGUCGAAGACUUCCCGGUGUGUUCCCCCAACCAGGCUUCAGUGUUGGAAAAUCUGAGACUUGCUGUCCGAUCCCAGCUUGGAUUUACAUCUAUUAGACUGCCAAUUGCGGGCAGGUCAAGCAACACUUGGAACAGAAUUUUCAAUUUUGUGCGCUCUCGCAAUCCCAGCUCCGUAGCAAUGGUCUCCACCGACGGAGAGAGUGCUGCAAGCCAGAGCACGGGCAGAGACGGAGAGCGCAGUAGCUCCCAUCGAGGAGGUCUCUUCUCUGUAGAGACUGAUAACGAUACAGAAAAUGAAAGGAGAGAGACACAGGGAGCAGUCGGGGGAGUUGUUGCAUCUUUACCCCGCAAAACUCCUCCUGUUGCUGCUGUAGAAGCCUCAGCAAAUACAAGCGGAGGUAGUUCUACUCCGACUUCCAACAACACAACAGAUAAUGUGAGAGACACUCCUUCCUCAGAACCUUCUGUUGUUAGUCCGGCACGCCAGCAGCUCAGUAGCGCCCUCAGCAGAAUGACUCAAGGAUUGCGCUGGGUACGAAUUACUCUUGGGAGGUCGAGCGCUGCCAGCCAGAACCAAAGUCCUCUAAGGCAGCUCGACAGCAGCGGAAAUGGGAGAGACGAGGAUGAUGAUGAUGAUGUAGAAAUGCUGAUCCCAGCGGUAGACAUUGAUCUUAAUGACUGCACCAGACCACUACUUGAUAUUGCCUCUGAACAGGGGCAAGGGAAUUUGCAUCAAGGAAUAAGGCCAUGCGAUGGGCCGUGUGAGUGCUGCGGAAUUGUGCACACAGCUCAGAUCCCCGACACCUGCAUGGAAGCCGUGCUAAAAAAUGAGACUAGCGACGACGAGGCACUGUUACUCUGUUAGAGGCAAAUCGACUCUUUGGAGCAAUAUCUAGUCACUGUUUUAUAUUUCACAGACUCCCAUUCAUGCCUGGAAAUGUUCAAGGGAUCGACAUCGCUGAUGGCUUAACGCCUCAUGAGUACCUUGGGUUUAUUACAGUGUCUGCUUUAAAGGGGAACUAUCGCGAAAAUUUUAUAUAAGCUUCAGCAUACUGUAGUAAAAAACUUUCUAAAUACAAUCAAUUAAAAAUUCAGUAUCAUUUCUGAAAUAAUCAAGUUUAUCUUCACU